AUGAUAUCCAUGAACCCAAUUAUGAUUAGAAAUAAUUUGUCACGUAGCUCAUCACCAGCGGCACCACCCACCACGAAUCAUUCUUCCACUGUUGACUACUUUUCUAUCAAACCAAAAUUAUCUUUGGAUAUCAACAGUCAAAGUGACAGCAAUAGUACACAAUCUAACAACAAUGAAGAUACUCAUUCAGAACAAUCAGACUACAAUUCAUAUACGCACAAUCAAUACUACGACAGUGACGACGAUGAGGAUGAUUUUGAUAUACGGGAUCAACUACUUGAUCCAUUUGAUAAAAUAACCUUAUCAAACUGUAAUGAAGAAUAUUAUUCACCUUUAACACCAUUUGAUGGCCAAACUACCUCACCACAAGAUUCAAUCAUAUCAUCCAAAUCAUCUAAUAAAUCCACCACUGUCGUUCCAUCUCCACAAUUUCAAUUAACUUUGCCAAAAUUAACCACUUACAGCUUUCUUAUAGUGGAUGAUAAUAUUAUUAAUUUGAAAAUUCUUAAUCGUAUUUUACUUAAAUUGUUUCCUAAAUGUCAUAUUGUCCAAAUACAAGAUUCAAAAUUGGUUAAAGAUUUACUACAUAAACAACUGUUUGAUUCCAUAUUUAUCGACAUUGAGAUGCCUGAUGUAAAUGGAAUUGAUAUUGCUCAAUUUGUUAGACAAGAUACCAAAUUUGAUAACAUGGGAAUGGUUGCUGUAACCACAAGAAAUAGUACUCAAGAUUUGGAAUUGUUUAAACAAUGUGGUAUUGAUUUUACUUUCCAUAAACCAUUGAACUAUUCUUUGGAUUUUAUGGCAAAUUCAAUUGAUGAUAUAAUUAUAACAAGAAAAAACAAAAUAUAA